CUGCUGCUGCCGCUGGGGGCGCGCUGCAUGGCGGCUUCUGUUUCUGACUUUACUGAAUCAUUGUGAAUUUUCCGUCGUGUACGCCGGACGUGCAACUGCCGCAACGUAAAUUUCCCCCAAAUAAAACGUAACGCGCCGCGACUCGCGAGGCGCAACAAACAUUUAAAAAUCCAAGCGUGUGUGUGCUCCACAUUUACUUUUAUUUUUAUUUAAUUUUUUUGUGUGCGUUUUUUUCAUAUAAUACGAUUUGGCUAAAAACAUUUUCAACUUAAUUGAUAAUGAAUCUAAGCAAGUGCGACAGUUGUGCCAACGGCCAAAAGCGCAUGCAGUGAAGAGAGCACAGCUGUAAACUAUAAAAAUAAUACACACACGCAUACGCACGCACACAUAUGCAUAUGUAUGAUUGUAUGCGUGUGUGCUGAUGUGCUAAUGAUGCGGAAACCCUAGAGCUGGGAGUUAGUCCUGCUUGGAGUUGAACAGAACAGAACAGAACACACACGAACUAGUGCACUAUAUAGAAAAUGAAAUUGUGGAAAUCAAAGAAACCCAUAGGCGGCUGUGUGCCGGGCAAGUCCAGUGCCUUGAAGCAGGAGCAGGAGCAGAACGCCAAGCAGCAGCAACAGCAACAACAACAACAACAACAACAGCAGCAGCAGCAACAGGAGAGCAAUGGCAUUGCGCUGGCGCCCAUGCUAUCUGUUGACCGCGCCAUGAGCCCCGCACAAUCGGAGGACUCGGGCCUUGCCCCAGAGCGUGGCACCACCUAUGCCACCAUCACGCUGCCACGCAACGCUCUGCACCUGGCCAUCAGUUUCGCAGAACGCAAUGAUCUUUCCUAUCCGCCCGUAAUUGGCGCACUCAAUCCCGUGGGUCAUGCAGCGGACUUUUUGGCUCCCGGCGAUCGCUUGCAUCAGAUCGACGGCAUCUCAACCAUAGGUCUAAGCAAUCAGAAGAUUAUGAGCUUGCUCUGUGGCAUCGGUGCGGAUGCUGCGCCAGCGAUUGUAGAGAUUGAGUACUCCCUGCCCGAAUGCACAGUUUCCCAAAAUAGUUUAUAUGUGAGCUCGAAGCUGGCGCAGAUUACGGUAGAGCGGGAGAGCGGCUGCUUGGGCUUGACACUGCGCGGAGGCGCCGACUAUCCCUUGAUUGUCACACACGUGCGACUCCACGGGCCCGUCUACAAAACGGGGCGCAUCAAGCCCGGCGAUCGCUUGCUGCGCGUCGAUAACAUCUCGCUCAUUGGCAAGACUCUAGCUGAGGCACAGCAGAUCAUCAAAUGCGGCCACGUUUCCGGUUAUACCAAUCUAACCAUUGAGUAUGACGUCUCCGUCGUGCAGAGCGUUGAAUUCUCCAUGGGGCCGCUGCUCAUUGAAAUCGAACGCGCCCUCAACGACAAAUUGGGCCUGGUACUUUGCAAUUAUACGCCCAACACAGCCCUGGUCAUGGGCAUGGGCAUGGGCAAUGCCUCCUCCGCCAGCACAGACAAAAUCGAUGAGAUCUGCCAAACGGGCAUCUAUAUAGCCAGCAUAUUGCCCGCCAGCAUUGCCGAUCGCUGCGGCGCCUUAUCCGUCGGCGAUCAGGUGCUCUCCAUUGAUGACACCAUGAUCGAGCAUUCGGUCUACAGUCCCGACGAGGUCAUGACCAUAUUGGACACCAGCACUGGACGCGGCUACACUCAGAUGCAGAUCAUGCCAGCGCAUGCGCUGGCGCGUCGUGGUCAUACCCAAUUGGGUAGCCCCAAGUACAGCUUCAGCACGCUGGAGUCGCGCAAGUCGACGACGGGGAGGCCGCGUCAGCGAUUUGUGCGCAAGAGUUCGCUGCCCAUGGAGACGCCGCCGAUGACGACGACGACGACGACGACGACGAAUGGACACUCGAGCAGUUUGGGGGGAUUGUGUCGCGCCGAGAGCUUUCCGGUGCUGCUGGACUGCAGCCAGGGGGCGGGCAUUGUGCUGGGCGCUGCCAGCAGCUGCGGUCGGGCCGUGGCCAUUGCCAAAAUAGUGGCGGACUCGGUGGCAGAUCGCAGCGGCUGCAUCCAGGCCGGGGAUCGCAUUGUGGCCAUCAACAAGAUGUACAAUCUGGAUGUGCUGGCCAUGCGGCAGCUGCUGGAGGGCCAGGGGCGUGGCAGUGCGGCGGCCAAUUGGCUGGAGCUGGAGGUGGAGUUCGAUAUGCCGGAUGCGGUGGUGCCCUCCAGUGGCGUCUUCAAUGUCAAACUGCUGCGCGUGGGCAAGUGCGGCCUGGGCCUGAGCGUCAGCGGCUCAAGCCAUGCGGGAUUGGUCAUAUCGGAUGUCAAAAUGGGCAGUCCGGCUCAUCGCUGCGGCUCACUGCGUCCGGGUGACAUAUUGCUGGCUGUGGAUCAGCAUGCCGUGCAGCAUUUCAAUGUCGAUGCGCUGCUCAAGGAACUGCCCACAGGCAGCAGCAGCAGCAGCAACAGCAGCAACGGCGGUGGCGACUAUACCACCUUGACCAUCAAGCGUGUGGUGCUGCCCGAUUUUCUGCCCAAUCCCAUCUACAGCAACUGCAGCAAUGGCGUGACCAAUGGCGAGCCAAGCGACUUGUAUAGCAGCGCCUACGUGGCCUCCAAGUACGCCGAGGUCAAGUACAACGACUGCAUCUCGCUCAAGUCCAGCACGCCCCAGCCGGAUUACUUUCGAGCUGCCAGCAGCUUGGAGGAUGCCGGCAGCCUGGUCCAGCUGCGACAGAAUGGCGGCUGGCCAAGCGGCAGCAGUCGCUCCUUUGCUGCUGCCGCCUCCGCUGCUGCCAACACCCAGAGCCUGACCACCGAGCUGCCCGAGGAGGAGGAUGAGCACGGCGAGACGCCGCACUACGGUGGCUACGAGCUCAAUCGCUAUGCCAGCGUCGACUGCACCGCGCUGCCGCCGCCCAUGGAGAGCAAAGUGUACGGAUCGGCGGCCAGCUCCAGCAGCAAGAGCAGCGGCAGCAGCUUGCAUCAAAUCAUCUUCACUGUGCGGCUCGAGCCCAAGGGCGGACUGCUGGGCAUAACGCUGGCGGGCAGCGAGGACAUCACCAAGCCCAUCACCAUCAGUGGAUUGGUCGAGGGUGGCAUCGCGCAUAAGAACGGGCAGAUCCAUGUGGGCGACCAGCUGCUGGCGAUUGAUGAGCACUCGGUGCAGGGCAUGCCGCUGUCGCAUGCCACCAGCUUGUUGCACAACCUGGGCGACCUGGUGGACUUGAAAAUACUGCGCAGUCACGAUAUAAGCAACAGCUCCGCUUUGCUGCCCCAGACGCAGGCGAUCUACGCCAAGGUGCAGCGUCGUCCGCGCAGUCCCUCGGCCAACACUGAGGCGAGCAACGCCAACAACAGCAAUGUAAAGGAUCAGGACCAACAGCAGCAGCAGCAGCAGCAACAGCAGCAGCGCAUUUUUCACGUAACGCUUUACAAGGAUAAAGUUUACGAUGAUUACGGCUUCUCCGUUAGCGACGGACUCUAUGAGCGCGGCGUGUUCAUCAAUCGCAUACGCAGCGGCGGUCCGGCGGACAUGUGCGGACUGCUCAAGCCCUUCGAUCGCAUAAUGCAGGUGAAUGAAAUGAAAACGCAGGACUUUGAUUGUUGCCUCACUGUGCCGCUUAUAGCGGCCGCUGGCGACAAGAUCGAAAUGAUAAUGCAACGCAGCGAGUGAACCUUGCCACACCCACACCCACACACACACACACACACACACAUACAAAUGCAGCUAACCAAAAAUAUAAAAAUUACUCUAAGCUUAAGUCUUAAGUCUAACUACGCAUCAAUUUUUUUUUUCGUAAUCUUUAACUAGUUUUAUCAUUAAGCCUAGCGCUAAGUGCCAUUUAGUAACUCACUAAUGUCACAUAGUAUACAAUAUGUCGUACAGUAUAUAUUUAUAUAGAGAGAGAGACAGUCGACGCUUAGUCAAAUGCUGAGUCAGAGCCCACUGGACAAAUGCCUUCAUUAAUUCUUAACGACAAUAAGAGUCACAUCACCCCUGUGUGCCUACAGUUGCAACUACAAAUUGUCUGCCAAUAACCAAAAAAAAACAACAACAAAAAAAAUAAAAUAAAAAUGAUAAUGUGUUUUAUUUGCUUA